AAAACAAAAAUAAUUUUAGAAAAAUUCCAAAUAAAUAUGAAAUUUAUACAAGUGUUUUUGGAAAUACUAAUCCUACUGCAGUUAUGGCCCAGUGAGGGAGCCAGCACUUACAACAGUCGCCAGACAAAUCGCAAACAAAAGAAAAUUAUUGAGGGCUCUAUGGAUUUAAAGGUGAAUCCAUGUGAUGAUUUCUAUCAAUAUGCCUGUGGCAGUUGGGAUGAGGUGUUUUUGGAGGCGGGCGUGAAAUACUAUGAACCCAUUACCAUGUUGGACUAUAAUGUCAAUAAGGAAAUGUCGGGUGUUUUUAAACGCUUCAACACUCACAACAAACCUAAAUUUAUACAAGAGGCUUAUAAGUAUUAUAAAUCUUGUGAGGGUUUAAGUAAAUAUGAAGCCGUUAAGUACUUGGUGUGGCUGAAAGCCAAUGAUCAAUUCAAAUGGCCUACAUUAUGGACACCGCCUAAGAAAAAUGCUCAAUUCAAUUGGGUUGAAACGUUGGCUAAAAUGCGUACCUACGGCUUAAAUGAUGUCUUCAUACAGCAAAUUUUUAUGUCCGAAAUAAAUGAUGUGAAAUCAUUCGUUAUAGAUUUAGAUAAACCAGUAACGGAUGGUGGUUUUAAACCCAUGUCCAAAGCUAAUUUAGAUGUUCUAAUGAAUUCCGUACCAGCUCCAAUGUCUACUGAUGAUUUGGAUAAUUUAUGGCAAGAAAUUGAGGAGUUUGAGCAAAAACUGAAACAGCUAGAUGACAUUGCAGAUGUUGAAGUUGAGAAUGAACAGGAGUAUAUAACGGAGCGUUUGAUUUAUGCCAAGGAUUUACCUUUCGAUUGGCUCAAGGAUUAUGUGAAAAUCAUACUCAAUAAAACGGAAUUAAAUCCCCAAAUGAAAUUUUACAUACAAAAUACACCCUACAUGCAGGCUUUGGAUGAGCUAUUAAAACAAUAUAGUCAACGUUUUAUAUGUAAGUACUUGGAAGUAAGAUUCUUGUGGCAUCUGCAUCAGGAUGGUCCCGCCAAUUUCGUGGCUGAAGAUUGUUUGGCCAGUACUAGAAGUUUAAUGCCCACUGCCAUGCACUGGCUGUAUGAGCAGCAUCAUCCCGAGCUGGCUCAGGAAUAUACAGCCAUCUAUGAAAUGUUUAAUAAUGUGCGCAAACAUUUCAACAAUACGGUCAUCAAAAAUAAUCAUGGUUUUAAUGCCACUGUCAUAAAGUAUCUGCAAGAUAAAAUAAAUAACAUGAAGCUGAGACUAAACAAUAUACCGCGCACCAAUACUAUAGCCACGCUAGAGAAAUUCUAUCAGCCAUUGAAUUUAGAUGCAGAGAAAUUUUAUGAAAAUCAUUUGAAAGUGCUACGUUUUAACUUUCAUAUACGCCGCGCUCUCUUAAGUAGCAAAACAACCAUUUUAGAUUUUACCUACUUGGAAAAUGGUGAAACUGGCUCCAGCUCAUCUCCGUUUUUUGUGCAGAAUGCUAAUCAUGUGUUUGUUCCUUUAACCCUGCUGCAGCCGCCCAUCUAUAGUCCCGAUCUGGAUGACAUCUAUAGGUAUAGUUCUUUGGGCUUCCUGCUGGCCCAUGAAAUGUUCCAUGGCUUUGAUGACAGUGGUUUAUUAACUGAUGCCAAUGGUAGCAUGAGCUUAAUGCAAUUCGAAGAGAAUCCUUUAUUCAAUGCCAGUUUCAAUUGUCUGCUGGAACUUAAUCCCAUAGUUAUAAGUGAGAAAAUUGCCGAUGUCAGUGGCUUACGUUAUGCCUAUCAGGCAUUUUUUGAUGCCAAUCCUGAUGCCUUAAAUAAAACACGUCGUAUUUAUGGCGCUGAAAUAUCCCUAAGUAAAGUUUUCUUUUUGAAUUUUGCUCAGUUCUUUUGUGGCGAUAAUACGCCCGAAGAAUUUUCUUCAAUGUCCGAUCAUGGCUCUGAUCGUGAGCGAGUUACCGAUGCUCUCACACAUUUUCCUGAAUUUGCAAAGGCAUUUGGCUGUGGCAGACAUCAUCGGCUAUACCCUCAUGAUGCCUGUCAUUUGUGGCGGUAAUUUGAAGCUGUACAAAAAGUGCUAUUAGCAGAAUUUAAAAAAAAAUAAUAAAUUUGUUUAAUUUAUUGCUUUGUUU